GGAGGCUUUGCCCGGGUGCACGAGCUGACGGACUUGACGACGAACCGGGUGUACGCCGGCAAGAUCAUUCCCAGGUCCAGGCUCAACAGGCCCUACCAGAAAGAGAAGAUCCUCCGUGAGAUUGACCUACACCGCCCCCUGGUGAACAAGAAUGUGGUGCGACUUCACGGCUUCUUUGGAGACUCGGAAAACAUCUACAUCAUCCUAGAAUACUGCCCCCGCAAGUCGCUUGUGCACCUGCUGAAGCAGAGGGGCCAGCUGACGGAGUCGGAGGUGCGCCACUUCAUGCGCCAGUUGGCCGAGGGGGUGCAGUAUACGCACGGCCAGGGGGUGGUGCACCGGGACCUCAAGCUGGGCAACAUGCUGCUCGCCGAAGACCUCAGGCUCAAAAUCGCGGACUUCGGUCUGGCCACACGGCUCACCUCCGAAGUCACCAAGAAGUACGCCGUAUGUGGCACGCCCAACUACAUAGCGCCGGAGGUGCUCAAGAUGCAAGGUCACGGAUUUGCCGCCGAUGUCUGGGCCAUGGGUUGCAUCAUGUACGCGAUGCUGGUGGGCUACCCACCCUUCGAGACGUCCACGCUGAGCGAAACAUACCAGCGAAUCAUGCGCAACGCCUACACCAUCCCGCCCUCGUUGUCCGAGCCCGCCCGGCAGCUCAUCGCCGCCAUGCUGCAUCCAGACCCGGAGUCCCGGCCCAGCGUGGCACAGGUGCUGCAGCACCCCUUUUUCGCCGACGUCUCCGUGCCAGACCACCUGGCCACCAGAACCGUCGCAAGGUUGUCUCCGACCGAGGAGUGCGACGGAGCACACUCCCAGGAGACACUGAAGGUGACGGCACUGGUGUCCAAGCUCCAGGUGCAGCCGCAGCAGAAGAAGCCUUACACGCUGGACUCCAGCAAUCACAAGCCUCAAGCCAAACCUGCGGACGCCGCACCUGCCUCCAAGGCAGAGCCAACGCCUACCAAGACAAUGCACGGGGGGCUCAUGAUGACCCUCAGUCGUGUCCUCUGCCCUGAAAAACGCUCAAGAACCAAGUCUAGUCCCACCCUUGUCCUCCACAAGCUGCUGCUGGCUUGCCUCGAAGAUACUCCCUCCUAUGCCACCGAGAACCCCGUAGCCCUUCCAGGGGUGACGGUCCCUUUUGUAACCAAGUGGAUCGACUACUCCAACAAAUAUGGCUUCGGCUUCCAGCUGUCCGACCACAGCGUGGGCGUCCUCUUCAACGACACCACUCGGUUUGGUCUCUCAGCCGAUCGCACGCGCAUCGAGUACCACGACACCUCGGGGAAACUCACGGUGCACGAUGCUUUGGCACUGCCAACCUUCCUCCAGGAGAGGUACUCUCUGCUCAAGUAUUUUGCUCACUACAUGGACGAAAACCUCACUGAGGGAGGUGACGUGGUCCAGCCCACCGAUGCUGCCAAGAAGAAGAAAUGCAUUCCAUUCAUGAAGCGCUGGGUGCGCACAGCCCACGCCAUAGUCAUGCAGCUGAGCUGCACCACCUUGCAGGUGAACUUCUUCAAGGACCAUACCAAGCUGGUGAUCAACGCGGACCGCCACCAGCGCCCUGUUCUCCUCUACAUCGACGAAGAGCGCCGUGCAGCCGCGUACGCCCUCGCAGACGUCGCGCGUGACGGCUGCGACGACUCGCUUCGCGGUCGCCUGCAGUUUGCACUGUCUGCCCUCGGAGAGUUUGUCGAAGUGGAGCUGAAGGAAGGCGCCUGACGUGUCAACUUGUCGUCUGCCAUGUUGGCUCGUCAUCUGCAACUUCGGCACGUCGUCUGCAAUGGCGCUAGUCCACAAACGUGCGCGCCAACUGAAGAAAAGUCGUCGUCUCCUCAGAGACGAAGCACAUCGAGGUUCCGAGAUUUGUUUUGGAACGUUGCAAACUGUUUCGAACGUGCUCAAGACCAUCGGACAUUUCUUCGAGGAGAACGCGGAUGCGAGACGUCGAGCUGUUGACGAACGAUUUGCGCGUGUUUAGGAAGUGGCUGCCGUAGACCGGCGCAACUUUUUUUUGUUAAGCCAUUGCAUUUUCUCCCGAGAUAAUCUAACUCAAAUGCUAUAUAUAGUAUAUAUAUAUAUAUAUAUAUAUACAAAUGUUAAAGGUUGGGCAGCGUGACAGUGCAUCUUUGCGCGUGCCUAGACUGUUGACUGCCUCGCUUAUCUGGGAAUUCUGACUUGCAGCAAGCGAAAACCGUCGGCAACGCACAGAGAGACAGGUUCUCCUCGGGAAGGGCAUCGCGGCAAGCCAUUGCGCCUCAUCCUGCGUUACAUUCAGCGUCGUUUUAUUUAUGCUCGCGAAAUGAUCUCUCGUAGUUACAGUGCGAAGCAGCUAGACAUGCACCUGAAGUCUGUUUGUGAUCCGACCCGCACAUCGACUCUGAUUUUUUGUGCGAGGAAAGUCAGACGCUCGAAACUGCAUAAUACUAGGUUGGACGAGACUAGCCAAUCAUGCGACACUUGCCGUUAGAAACAGUGCCCAGCUAUUGGUUCGUUGUGCAGUUACUCAACGUGCUGCCGUCAACCAAAAGACCUCGCUUCACCGAGCCGUAGCCCCUCGUGUAGCUAACUCAUACAACCUCACAGGCUCACUUCCCCACAUCACACGCUCAGUUCCAAGACACCUUUUGUACGGAUUUUUUUUU